UAAUAUCGAUUCGAUCCGACCAUUAAAAAAAAAGUGAAGUUGAAGGUGGUGGUAGGACCAAAGACGAAGAAAAUCAAAGCAGUAUAAAAUCUGCUUUCUUUUAGCGAUAACUGCGAAGACAUCAUUAAAUAGAAACAUGUUUGCUGCGCGUCAAAUCGCGUCUAGGGUUUUCCAACAAUCGGUUCGGCGCUACCACGCGGGCGACUUCAAGGCGCCCACGAUGGAGGAGCUGCCGGUGCCGCGCGGCUCGUGGCAGGCGCAGCACGACGCCCGCCAGCGCAAGCACAACGCCGUGCUGCUCGCCGGCAUCGCCUUCACCGCCGGCACCAUAGUGCUCGCCAAGGCUUCUGGUCUGGUGUACCUCAACUACUCUCCCCCGGCGUCCCUGGACUAAGAUGUACUCUUCACGUUAGCAUAAUCAAUACAAUACAGUAAAUGAACUAAUAAAUAUUUAGUUAACCAAA